CCGCGUCGCAGGCGGGAGUGUCGCUGCCUCGCUCCCCGGAACUUGUGACACUGUGUCGGACGGAAAGAGAGAAUGACACUGGCACGAGAGCUUGGCGCUGAUUGGUUGCUUGGGUAAUGUGAGGGUUUGGUAUGACAUAGAUUAGUGACAAACAUGGCAGAUGUAACGCGGAAAUAAUACUUUCGAGAUCUAAUAAACACCUGUUGCUCUAUCUGCGAGUGUAAACUUCGACAGGCAGAUGAAACUCAUGUCUUUGCGAUUGUGAGAGUAACCGACCGAUGGAGGAAAGUAGAGUCAAACAAACAAUGUAAAAUAUUAUUUAGCUUGUCUGUUACGCGCGAAUUCCUGCGAUGUCAGGGUUGAGAAAUAUGUCUUUAUUAAAUCUGACUUCGGUGACGGAGGGGAGCCUCACUCCCAACUACACUGUCCUCUUGUCCCUCGUCGACUCGGAGAACCGCACGGUCGACGCCAACGCCACAGGCAGCGACUCCAACAUGUCGGCGAUAGAGACCAACAUCCUGUCCUACCCGACGACGCAGGCCAUCUUCUACAUAGAGUACAUGACCAUCUUCCUCCUGGGCGUGUUCGGCAACUGCCUCGUCUGCCACGUCGUCUUCCGCAACAAGGCCAUGCAGAACGUCACCAAUUUCUUCAUCACCAACCUGGCACUCGCGGACAUCCUGCUGUGUGUUCUGGCCGUGCCCUUCACGCCCCUCUACACCUUCAUGGAGGAGUGGCUCUUCGGCAGGAUCCUGUGCCACCUGGUGACCAUGGCGCAGGGCACCAGCGUGUACGUGUCCACGCUGACCCUCAUGUCGAUCGCCAUCGACAGGUUCUUCGUGAUCAUCUACCCGUUUCGGCCUCGGCUCCGCGUGCCCAUCUGCUACCUGAUCAUCGUGUCCAUUUGGCUGUUCUCCAUCUCGGCCACGCUGCCCUACGCGCUGUUCGUGCGCCAGGUGGAGUACCAGGACCGCUUCUACUGCGAGGAGCUGUGGCCCUCCGAGUCCAUCCGCCAGGUGUUCAGCCUGUUCACCGCCAUCAUGCAGUUCGUGGUGCCGUUCAUCAUCAUCCUGUACUGCUACGUGAAGAUCUCGAUCCGCAUGAACGAGAGAGUGAAGGCCAAGCCGGGCAGCAAGAGCUCGCGCAAGGAGGAGGCCGACCGCGAGCGGAAGCGCCGCACCAACAGGAUGCUCAUCGCCAUGGUCACCAUCUUCGGCGUCUCGUGGCUGCCCAUGAACGUCGUCCACCUCGUCGGCGACUACUACGCCCCCGCCAGCUCCUGGAACUACUACAAUCUUUGUUUUUUCAUCACGCACGUCGUGGCGAUGUCGUCCACCUGCUACAACCCCUUCCUGUACGCCUGGCUCAACGAAAACUUCCGCAAGGAGUUCCAGCUGGUGUUGCCGUGCUUCCAGCAGACGCCCUCCACCGACCGCGUGGGCCACUGGCGCUCGGAGCGGACCUGCAACGGCAACGACACCCAGCAGGAGACCUUGCUGGCCUCGGGCGCCGCUGCAGGAGGGGCGGGCGCGGGGCGGCCUCCGCUGAGGAGCCAGCAAUCCUGCGCCAACGAGAGUCCUACGAGCAAAGCACAGGCCACGCUGGAGGCCCACCCGCUGACCACCUUCAUCGAGGUGCCGGCGCGCCCCAGCGACGCCGCCCACGACCAAGCCGUCGAGCCGCUCGUGAACGGGGAGGCCUCAGAGUACGUGUGAAUGUAAGUAGGUGAUGGACCUGCGCUCACGUCUGCUCUGCUUCUCUCACACAGGCAAUUCAGACGUUGUUCUUAUCAGUCUAUAAUCAUAAUGACAUGUUCUCCUUCUUUGUAGUGUCUGUGGACUACAUAGGGGACGUGUAUAUGCAAUUUGCAUGUAUCCACAGUGUAAACGAGGAGUGUCGGGUUCAGAUACGAGUAUGGCUACAUGUGAGAUGUAAUCAACUGACAAAAAGAGCGUAUGAGUCCUAUAAUAUACCCAACAAAUAAGUUUUCAGAAAGGUUCAAAGGCAACUUCUUUCGUCGAAAACCCAGAUUCUCUAUUUCCGACCAUGAGAGGCUUCCUCGAAAACCUCCCGAAGAAAAUUGUCAAAAUAAACCAUGUUCCUUAUCAUUGAAAUUACAGCAGUUACUUCCAUUCGUAAAUAAACGUAUUAGACUACCAUACGUAAUAGCGAGUAACUAUAUAUAUAUCUAUACAUAUACAUAUAUACAUAUCUAUACGAACUACUUGGCGCUAUGUUGGCAUCAUGUAGCUGUCUGGUCUUUCUACUGGGCGGCUGACCCAUGAUCCUCCCCCGGGGGAGGAAUUGGUUAGAUAGACUCACUUAUUACCGUAUCUAGGUUUGACUUAUCUAAUACAUGUAAAUCCAUGUGCGUGCUCACGUGACCGCAUGAAUGCACAUAAACAUCCACAC